AGUAAUGACGCCACCACGCUGACGCGAGAGGAUGGCGGCAGCGCCCGUGGCCUGGGCUGGGAGACGGUGGGCUGAGCCGCCGAGACUCCGAAGAGCCGGCCGCCCGCGCGAGGUGUAGACGGGGCACUGCCUACAGAGCAGGUCCUGCCAGCCUCGCUGGAGAGGAUGCCCCCGUGUCAGUGAUGGGCUGUGGGACAAGCAAGGUCCUUCCUGAGCCACCCAAGGAUGUCCAGCUGGAUCUGGUCAAGAAAGUGGAGCCCUUCAGUGCCACUAAGAAUGAUGUAUACAAGCACUUCAUCACAGAGGUGGACAGUGUUGGCCCUCUCAAAGCUGGAUUCCCAGCUACCAGUCAAUAUGCACCACCCUGCCCUGGUGCUCCCACUACUGGCCACACAGAGCCUCCCUCAGAACCACCACGCAGGGCCAGGGUGGCAAAGUACAGGGCCAAAUUUGACCCACGUGUGACAGCUAAGUAUGAUAUAAAGGCCCUGAUUGGGCGAGGCAGCUUUAGCCGAGUGGUACGUGUGGAGCAUCGGGCAACCCGACAGCCAUAUGCUAUCAAAAUGAUUGAAACCAAGUACCGAGAAGGGCGGGAGGUGUGUGAGUCUGAGCUCCGAGUGCUGCGCCGGGUGCGACACGCCAACAUCAUCCAGCUGGUAGAAGUGUUUGAGACACAAGAACGGGUAUAUAUGGUAAUGGAGCUGGCCACUGGUGGUGAGCUCUUUGACCGGAUUAUUGCCAAGGGUUCUUUCACUGAGCGGGAUGCCACAAGAGUGCUGCAAAUGGUACUGGAUGGUGUCCGGUAUCUGCAUGCCCUUGGCAUCACACACCGAGACCUCAAGCCUGAGAAUCUCCUUUACUAUCACCCAGGCACUGACUCCAAGAUCAUCAUCACUGACUUUGGCUUGGCCAGUGCCCGAAAGAAAGGUGAUGACUGCCUGAUGAAGACCACCUGUGGCACACCUGAGUACAUUGCUCCUGAGGUUCUGGUUCGGAAACCCUACACCAAUUCCGUGGAUAUGUGGGCACUGGGUGUCAUUGCCUACAUCCUGCUCAGUGGCACCAUGCCUUUUGAGGAUGACAACCGCACCCGGCUAUACCGGCAGAUCCUCAGGGGCAAAUACAGUUAUUUGGGGGAGCCCUGGCCUAGUGUAUCUAAUCUGGCCAAGGACUUCAUUGACCGCCUGCUGACCGUGGACCCUGGAGCCCGGAUGACUGCACUGCAGGCCCUAAGACACCCCUGGGUAGUAAGCAUGGCAGCCUCUUCGUCCAUGAAGAAUCUGCAUCGAUCCAUCUCCCAGAAUCUCCUCAAGCGUGCUUCCUCUCGUUGCCAGAGCACCAAAUCUUCCCAGUCCACACGUUCCAGCCGCUCCACACGCUCCAACAAGUCACGCCGUGUUCGGGAGCGUGAACUGCGGGAGCUUAACCUGCGCUAUCAACAGCAGUAUAAUGGCUGAGCCACCAGC